UAAUAUUUGACAAUAAAUUUAUUAAAUAUUAAAUUCGGUGAUAAAAUUUAAUUUGAGGAAUGUGUAAUUCCACUCAUUUGGGGCCUUCACACCAGAUUUACAUAAUUCUUCCACAAACUUAGUAUCAUUUUAGUAAUUCACAAAUGCCCUUUAUAGGAAAAAUUUUACUUUUGGCUUAAUUUACCAAAUUUUUACAUUAAUUAAUAAAAAAAUAUUUUUAACAAUUUUGUUAUGGAAUCAAAUAUUUACUAUGGAAUUAAGAAUUUAAAUUUUGGAAUUAGAUUUUAAAUUGUUGAAUUAAAAUUUUUACUGUGGAAUUAGAUUUUAAAUGUCAAUUCGUCCGGAGCAUUCCGCUCCGCCAGAAAUUUAUUACAGUGCUGAAGAAUCCAGGAAAUACAACACCAACUCUCACAUACUAAAAAUCCAAACUCAAAUGUCCGAACGAGCUCUCGAAAUGCUUCUACUACCCGAAGAUGAGAUGGGAUUGGUGUUGGAUAUAGGCUGUGGUACGGGGAUUAGUGGUAAUGUAAUCUCCAACUCUAAUCAUUUCUGGAUCGGCCUCGACAUCAGCCAACAUAUGCUACAUGAGAGUUUGUUGAAUGAGAUUGAGGGUGAUGUGGUGUUGUGUGACAUUGGUGAGCCGAUGAACUUUUUACCGAACAUGUUCGACGGUUGUAUUAGUAUCAGCGUACUCCAGUGGCUUUUCAUCUCCAAUCAUAAAUCACAAGAACCCUAUCACAGAUUAUCAUCCUUCUUCAAAUGGUUGUAUAAGAGUUUAGCGUAUAAUGCUAGGGCGUGUUUGCAGUUUUAUCCGGAGAAUGUGGAACAGGUUGACAUGUUACUUGAUAUCGUAAAAAAGUGUAAUUUCAACGGAGGUCUUGUGGUGGAUAAUCCCAACUCAGUCAAGGCCAAAAAGUAUUACCUGUGUAUUUGGUCUUAUAAUAGUAAUAUUUACCAUAAACUGCCCAAUCCAAUUGAACAAAACGGUGAUCACGAAGAAGUUGAGUUUGAUGAGGUUGAAUCCUGUGUGAUGAAAAAACGUAAAAAUAAAUUAACGUACAAGGACAGAAUAAUUAAAAAGAAACAACAACAACGAAAUAAAGGGAUGAAAACAAGGCCUGAUACUAAAUACACUGGAAGAAAGAGACCUCACGCCUUUUAAUAUACUAUACAUAAUGUACUAUAC